UGGAAGUCGCUUCCGGGCGUCAUGUCCCAGACCGGAAGCGGGAUGGGCACUUCCGGCGGCGGGAACUGGCGCGGUCUGGCCAUGGCGAGGUCCUUGAAACUGGUAUGUGCUUCGCUCCUGCGCCAGAAGUUCCAUACCACUAGCAGUCACUACAAGGGUCGGUCUGGCACUGAGCACCUGUGGCUGAGCAGGCAUCUGAAAGACCCAUUUGUGAAAGCUGCGAAGGCGGAGAGUUACCGGUGUCGAAGUGCCUUCAAGCUUCUGGAGGUGAAUGAGAAGCAUCACAUCCUACGACCUGGCCUACGGGUGUUGGAUUGUGGGGCAGCUCCUGGAGCGUGGAGCCAGGUGGCAGUGCAGCAAGUCAAUGCUGCAGGCACAGAUCCCAAGGCUCCUGUUGGCUUUGUGCUUGGGGUAGAUCUUCUUCACAUCUUCCCUUUGGAAGGAGCAACUUUCCUGUGCCCUGCUGAUGUGACUGAUCCAAGAACUUUCCAGAGAAUUGGAGAGCUGCUUCCUGGUGGGAAAGCAGAUGUGAUUCUGAGUGACAUGGCACCCAAUGCCACAGGGAUUCAUGACCUUGAUCACGACAGGCUUAUUAGUCUGUGCAUGUGUCUCCUGGCCCUGGCUACAGACAUCCUUCUCCCUGGGGGGACAUUUCUUUGUAAGACCUGGGUUGGGAGUCAGAGCCAUCGAUUGCAGAAGCGGCUGAAAGAGGACUUCCAGAGAACAAGGACUGUAAAACCUGAGGCCAGCAGGAAAGACUCUUCAGAGGUGUACCUCUUGGCCACACAGUACCGAAGAGUGAAGGGGUCUUUGGAGGACUGAAGGUUACUUCAUUAUUGGUCCCUUUCCAUUACAAAUAUAGCCUGAGAUCUUUCCCAGAAGUGACUGGGAGAACUGAGCGCCUUUUUUUUUUUUAACCAAAAAGAUAUGACAGAAAUAUAUUCAGUGGCUAUGAUCUACUGUAAAAAAGUCUGUGAUGUGAUCUUGUUAUUUUGGCCAAACUAUGGUUAAAAAAAAAAAAAAUUUCAACCUGGGGAUGAAUUUCCAUUUCUCUGGUGAAUUAUCUGUAAAGGCACCCAUUCCUCAAGGAGGAGUUCACAGGGCAAUCAGGGAAGGCGUUGAGAGGAUCUUAUGCAUGGGGUGGGUUUGCUUGGGCUUCUGCUGAUUUGUUGGUGUAAUACUCCAAGUCUAUAAAGCUAAUUGC